AUGGCAUCCCGGUUCUUUGCCCGGGCGCUCACGGCCAUAUCGGCCGUCGUUGGUCUGGGUGAAUGUUAUGCGCCUACAGACUACAUCACAUGGGGAGGAGACAACUCGAGGAACGGGUAUAGGUCCAACCACAACCUCGACCCGGCAAUCGUGGCCAGUCCCCAGUUCCAGCAGCUGUUUGCCACGGCGCUGCCUGGAAACUAUGGCGGCGUGAAGGAGCAGUUCUACUCAAUGCCCCUGGUCUUCACGCCAGGCAACGAUCCUGAAGGGCAACAGUUCCUAUAUGUCUCAACCACUCAGAACAACGUGUACAAGAUCGACGCCGUGACGGGCCAGAUAGUGGCCUCCAGGAACCUGGCGAUACCGUUUCUCACGCUGGAUUUGAAAGGGACACAGGAAACAUGCGCAGACAUCGACCCACAUGUCGGUAUCAUCGGUACCGGUGUCAUCGACCCGGUGACGGAGACGCUCUAUGUCAUUGUCAAAACCUAUGCCGACCAGUCAAAGAUCAACGAGCCACAGGGGAGACCUGCAGGGAGGCACAACAUACACGCCUUGAGCCUCGCCGACCUCAGCGAGCGCCCGAACUUUCCCGUCAACUUUGAGAACUUGCCGGCGCGGAACAACGCGCCUCGGCUCUUCCAGGGCGGAAUCCACAACCAGCGUCCCGGACUCCUCCAGCAAGGCCAGAACAUCUACGCCGGUUUCGGUUCGCACUGUGUUAAUUAUAACAUUACGGGUUGGGUUAUCGGCUUCGACAAGACAUCGGGAAAGAUUGUCGAAAACUUUGCCACCCAGGGCGAGGGCGUGAGGGCCAAGGGCGCCAGCAUCUGGAUGUCCGGGGGUGGCAUCGCGGCCGACGACAAGGGCUCCAUCUUCUACUCGACAGGAAACGGCUACGAGUCUCAGCUGUCCACGAUCCCGGUCGAGGGCCGCAAUCCACCGACGGCGCUUGAAGAGGCCGUGGUCCACAUGACGAUCCAAGAGGAUGGCAAGGUCAAGCCAGUGGAUUUCUUCAUGCCCGAGGAAAAGCAGAUUCUCGACGGCAACGACCAAGAUCUCGGAACCAGCCCCUUCGUGCUGCUCCCGUCCGAGUUCUCCUGCGGAAGCGUGAAGCGCAUCGGCGUGGUGACGGGGAAAACCGGCUGGACUUACUGGCUUAACAUGGACGACCUGGGCGGCUACCGCACCAAUGGCGUUGACAAGACCGAGGGCAAUCGGGAUCGCGUGCUGUACAAGUUCAAGCAUGACAACUCGGUCUAUUCCGGGGCGGGUGUCUAUCCGCACGAGGGCGGGUACGUGUACAUCAACCCCAUCGGCUUCCCCACCACCGUGUUCAAGUUUUCGUGCGUCAACAACGCCCCGACCUUCACCAAGGUCGGCGAGAGUGUCGAGGCCAACACCGGUCGUCUUGGGCCCAGCCACGGUGCCGUCACUUCUCUCAACGGUCAGCCUGGCACUGGUCUCCUGUGGACGACCGACGUCGACAACCCGGGCCCGUCCAAGUUUCAUUUCAAGAUCCACGAGGCCAUUCCCGGAGCGGACGGCAAGAUGAAGCUGAUCAAGGGCUUCCAGAUCACGGGGAUCCGCAAGUUCACUCGGCCCAUCUUUGGCAACGGCAGAGUCUACAUUCCUGCCGGCGCUGGCAUGAUCUAUGGGUUUGGUGCUCCGACCAAGCCGGCUCUCAACUGCACCGGAUCCAGCAACUUCGGCGCCACCGAGAUUGGCAUGGAAGCUGCCGAGCAGGUCAUCACCUGCACCGCCAAGAUCCCCGUCACCAUAACCAACAUGACGGUUGCCUCGCCCGACUUCACCAUAACCGAUCAGCUCCCGAUCCCACGGACUCUCGCCGUUGACGCCUCGUUCCGGUUCAAGGCGCACUUCAAGCCGACUUCGGUGGGCAACCUCACGAGCGCCGUCCGCAUCACGACGCAGAACACGGACGCGACCAACUCUUAUAGUAUCACGAGCUCGGUCGCCCUCUCGGGCCAGGGACAGAGCUCCGGCGCGUUGAUUUCCCUGCAGCCAAAGAGCCUCGUGUUCAGCCCCAUGGGGGUUGGAGCUGAGCCCACUUCUCUGUCCUUGACCAUUGCCAACCAAGGAAAGGCGGCUCUCACGGUUGGAAGCGUGGGGUACUCGACAAGCCCGACGGGGCCUUGGGAUGCGACACAAUCCGGGCAGUUCACGUUCAGCGACGUUCCCUCAACCAUCGCGCCCGAGACCACCCAUCUGGCCAAAGUAACCUUUUCACCGUCGCAGCUCGGCAAUUUCACGCUGUACGUCAACCUGACGACGAACGGCGGGUCGGAACUGGUCAAGAUCACGGCCAGCACUGGAACUCGGCCAAAGGCCGUCAUCCAAUUCGAGAAGCCCGACGGCUCUGGCUGGGUGACCUGGGCCCCCAACUCCACUCUCAACUUUGGCAACGUGACGCAAAACACCGAGAGGCGUCUCCGACUGCGGCUGUCCAACGGCGGUGGCGCAGAUGCCGUCGCGCUCGAGGUUCCCAUCUCCAAGCCGCCCUUUGGUACCGGCGGCCUGAUCGGCGCGGCGAACCAAGCCGACCUCGCCGAAGGCACCCGCAUCCAGGGCGGUCAGUUCGCCGAGGCCGUCGUCGUCUGCCAUGCCCCCAAGACCAACUGGAACGUCGACGCCAAGACGGAGCGUGCGGCCUGGACCUUCAACUUCAACGACCCGACCAUGGGCAAGGUCAACGUACCCUUCGACUGCACGGCCGUCUCGCAGCAGGGAGGGCCCCUGAAGGCCGACGGCGACGGUCUCUACCGAUAUGUGGCGUGCUUCAGGGACAACACGCCGAAUCGACAACUCGCUCAGCAGGUCCUGGCAAGCGACAAGAUGACGACCGACUUGUGCCUCAAGGCCUGCGCCGACAAGGGCUACACGUUCUGCGGAACGCAAUACCACAGGGAGUGCUGGGGAGGCCCGAGCCCGCCCAACACGAAGGCUACCGAAGUCGAUUGCAAUUUCGACUGUUCGGGUGAUUUGAAUCAGUGGUGCGGCGGCAACGGCGAGGGCGCCGCGUCCGGAAACGCUCACAUGUCCCUGUUCGCCACCAACACCACCCUCCCUCCGCCGCCCGGCACCCCGUCGACGAACCCGGGCGUGAACGGUUAUACGAGCAUUGGCUGCUGGACCGAGACCACCACCGGGGGACGCUCGCUGCCCGUUGCCAACACCGGCGACGUCCGCACAGUGGCGGCCUGUGUUUCUUCCUGCUCUGCCAAGGGCUACAAAUACGCCGGACUCCAAUAUGGUGGCGAGUGCUAUUGCGGCAAUGCUCAAGGACAGGGCUCGGUUCUGGCUGCUGCUCAGGAUUGUUCCAUGCCAUGCAGGGACAAUGCCACCGAGUAUUGUGGAGGUCCCUCCCGCAACAACGUCUAUCUGCGCAACGGCGAAGCUCUGCCUACGACUUCUUCAGCUCUCUCCACUGCUACAUCCGCAGCUCCGCCCGUGGCUACGGGUGCUCCCGGCAUCAAGCAGACGGUAGGCGCAUAUACCUACCAAGGCUGCUACACCGAGAACACGGGAGAAGGUCGCGCACUCCGCGACAAGUCGUACUACAACGAUCUCAUGACGCUCGAACUCUGCGCCCAGCAAUGCGAUGCCUACACGUAUUUUGGCACUCAAUAUGGGAGAGAAUGCUACUGCGGUGCUCAGUUGCAGGGCAAGUCGGCCAAGGACGACAGCCCAAGCUCGUGCCAGAUGUUGUGCCCAGGUGAUAAAACUAGCUUUUGUGGCUCCAGUAGCAGGUUGUCAUUGUUCAUGCGGAACGCCUCUGGUCCGAACUCGACAACGACGACCGCACCUGUCAGCACGUCGAGCGUGGCUUCGUCUGUCGGCACGUCAACCACGGCUUCAUCUCUCAGCACGUCAACCACGGCUUCAUCUCUCAGCACAUCGGCGGCGACUACGCCUGUUCCACCGGCAGCCACCGACAAGCCAGCUCCAAAGCAGAGCGUCGGAUCGUUCAAAUACCAAGGCUGCUUUACCGAGAACAACGGGCCCCGCGCCCUGCAAGGCAAGAACUACUUCAACGACCUGAUGACGCUUGAGCUGUGCGCCCAGGCAUGCGGCGGUUUCAAACUCUUUGGCGUGCAGUACGGCAGGGAGUGCUACUGCGACAACGAGUUGCGCGGCGCUUCGGCCAUCGACAAGAGCGCCCAGAGCUGCUCGCUCCUCUGCCCGGGAGACGGCAGCACGUUCUGUGGCGCCUCUAUGCGGAUCUCGCUCUACAAGCUCGAUGAACCGGCCGUCAGUUCCAGCGUUGCUUUGUCGACCUCGCUGGCGUCAACUACCAGAGCUCAGUCCAGCACGGUCAUGUCGUCUCCAGCUUCCAGUGUUGUCUCUUCUUCAUCUACAGUUGUCUCUUCGUCAACUACAGUUGCCUCGUCUUCGUCUACAGUUGUCUCUUCUUCAUCUACAGUUGCCUCGUCUUCAUCUACAGUUGUCUCUUCUUCAACUACAGCUGCCUCCUCUUCAACUACAGUUGCCGCCAGCUCCUCCACAUCUUUGUCUUUGACCACAGCAUCGUCAUCAAUGACCAGCCAGUCAACCGGUGCCACCACCAGCAGGGUUAGCUCGUCAUCCUCAGCAUCAUCAACACCCCCGGCAUCCUCGACGUCCACGACCUCCUCAGCAUCAUCAACAUCCCCGGCAUCCUCGACGUCCAUGACCUCCUCCACCUCGUCCACUGCGUCAACCCAGAGUGCCACGACUAGUUCGUCAUCCCAAGCCGCCACGACAUCCUCAGCAUCCUCGACAUCCACAUCCACACCCUCCUCCACUUCAUCCACGGCUUCGCCUCAGGGCACCGUAGUCGCGCCCCUCUGGCCCGGCAACGUCAACUUCACCUACAUGGGCUGCGUGAAGGAGCCCUCCGCCGGCCGACUCCUUUCCCGCCAGGUGCUCAACGAUGCGGCCAUGACGCACGCGAAAUGCUUCGAGGCCUGUUCGUCAGGCUAUGACUUUGUCGGACUCCAGUACGGCCGAGAAUGCUGGUGCUCCCCCCAGUCUCUCAAUUGGCAGGGCAACAAGGGCGCCACGCCGGCGUCCAAUGCCACAGACUCCGCGUGCAAUGUCCCCUGCGCUGGAAACAAGACCGAGAUGUGCGGAGGUCACAGCUUGAUCACGCUGUUCUACCGGGACUCCGCCAAGCAGAAGAGCUGA